AUGGCUCUCCAAAUUGGAGGUGACCCGAAACGUAAAGAUCUGCCCGGUGCCCCAGAUCUGACCCAGACUUCAGCAUUGGGCCUGAGUGGCUUCCCAAUUACGAUCCGUGGGUUGGCGUGCAUCAGCCAUCCACGACUACCGCCGACCAUGAUUCAACCCAGCCUAGAUGCAUCGACCGUAUAA